GGAGGAGAUCAGAGCCCACCGUGAUCUUGAUGGCUUCCUUGCCAGAGCCAGCAUCAUUCUGGACGAGACAGCCACUUCUCUGGACGACGUCUUGCGGGAGAUGUUAAAACAUUUUGCUGAAGACUCUGACAACGCCGAGCCAAGCUGCAACUUCGACAAAAUUAUGAGCACUUUAUUCACCGAUUCGGGGACCCCCAGAGAAGGGAAUGUCCACCUCUUGUCGGAUACAAUUCAGGGGGUGACAGCAACAGUCACCGGGAUCCAGUAUCAGCAGUCGUGGCUUUGUAUCAUUUGCACUAUAAAAUCUCUCCAGCGCCGUCACGUUUGUAUCAGCCGGCUUGAAAGACCCCAGAACUGGGGAGAGAAUUCCUGUGAAGUGAGAUUCGUCAUUUUGGUGCUCGCACCUCCAAAAAUGAAAAGUACCAAAACAGCCACUGAAGUGGGUCGGACAUUUGCCACAAUGUUUUCAGAUAUUACCUUCCGGCAGAAGCUUCUGGAAACAAAAACCGAAGAAGAGUUCAAAGAAGCUUUGGUCCACCAGCGUCACCUGCUGACAGUUGUCAACCAGAGGCCCUCAGCAGUGACUGAUGACCACAAAACUCAUAGUCCCAAGCCUCUUAAGCUCCACGAGUUCUUCAAUGUUGGCAAAGGAAUUUUUGAUGACAUUGCACGAAGAUUUCCAGUGUACGCUUUGGACUUCACUGACGGCAUUAUCGGCAACAACAAAGCGAUAGGGAAAUACAUCACCACCAUGAUCUUUCUCUAUUUCGCCUGCCUCCUGCCAACCAUCGCUUUCGGGUCCCUAAAUGAUGAAAACACAGAAGGGGUCAUUGUGAUCCAAGGAAUCUGCAACGACUACAAAUUGGACUUCCGUGCGUUUUAUGCUUGGGUUGGACUCUGGAACAGUUUCUUCCUCGUGCUCUACUCCCUCUUCAAUUUCAGUCUUGUAAUGAAACUCUUUAAAAGGUCAACAGAAGAAAUCAUUGCCCUUUUUAUCUCCAUCACCUUCGUGCUUGAUGCCCUUAAAGGAAUCACAAAAGUUUUUACAAACUACUACUACGGCUCAAGACCGCACAGUCUGUCCAUCAAUAACACCACCUUCUUGCUGAACAUAUCAACAGAACGUUCAACGAUGGGAAACCAGAGCGACGCUCCUUCGGCGGCUACGCACGAGGGCCGCGAAACCGCCGUUCUGAGCAUCGUGCUGAUGCUGGGGACGUUGUGGCUCGGUCACACUCUGUAUCAAUUCAAGAAAAGCCCUUACCUCCAUCCCCGCGUCCGUGAAAUCCUCUCGGAUUGCGCGUUGCCUAUUUCUGUCCUCACCUUCUCUGUGAUCGGAUCCCACUUCUUCAAGGAAAUAAACAUGCCCAAAUUUAACUACAAUCAGUCCGAGAGCUUGUUCGUCUUGGCUCCCCUGAAGGAUUUCUACAUUGGCCCCGUCAUGAGUGCAAUGGGGCUCGGUUUCCUGCUAUCGAUGCUUUUUUUCAUAGAGCAAAAUAUUGUGGCGUCGCUCACAAAUGCACCAGAGAACAGGUUGGUGAAGGGAACAGCCUAUCACUGGGACCUGCUCCUCGUAGCUCUGAUCAACACGGGGCUGUCCAUCUUCGGAUUACCCUGGAUCCAUGCUGCUUUUCCUCACUCACCAAUGCAUGUCCGGGCCCUGGCUUACGUAGAGGAAAGAGUUGAGAAUGGGCACAUCUAUGAGACGAUUGUGAGUGUGAAGGAGACUCGUCUGACGACAUUGGUGGCCAACUCUUUGGUGGGCCUCUCGCUCCUGCUGCUUCCUUUCCCACUGCAGCUGAUCCCGAAGCCGGUCCUCUACGGGCUCUUCCUCUACAUCGCCUUGACCUCCAUCGAUGGGAAUCAGCUCUUCGAGAGGGUGGCCCUCUUGCUGAAAGAGCAGACUGCCUAUCCUCCAACACAUUAUAUCCGCCGAGUGCCCCAAAGGAAGAUUCACUACUUCACCGGCCUGCAGGUCCUUCAGCUCCUCAUCCUCUGUAGCUUUGGAAUGUCUCCUCUGCCCUACAUGAAAAUGAUUUUUCCUCUCAUUAUGAUUGGAAUGAUCCCAAUCAGAUACAAUUUGCUCCCCAGCAUCAUCGAAGCAAAAUACUUAGACGCCAUGGACGCAGAACACUAACUAUGAUGAUCUUGAUUCUUGCCACAGUCCGUAGCUCUAUUUCGUCUUUCGGAAUGGGAAGCGAGCUGCCAACUGGCUGAGUGGCUUGUUGAAUGCUGGUUUGUUUUUGAACCUCUGUGACUUUUGUACUGCACUACAACUACUACCCAAAGUUAUGAUGCUGUUGACCAACCAAGUGCCCAAGUUUCAGGGUGGGAAGGGGGGAAGAGGCAAGCGAGGCCCUCCCCUUUUUUUAUAUACACUUUGGAUCCCUUCGUAGAUGCCCCUUUUAAUUGGACAUGAAUUGUAUGCAAUUUGGAGCUUCGUUUUCAGCCUCCUGGUGCCCUUAACGCUGGUCUUGAUGAAAUGCUGGGCAAGGAUGUGGUGGAGACACCAAGAUGACCACAGUGGGAUUGUCUGCACCCCCUUCUAUCAGGGGCUUCACGUCUGGCGAUGUGGCGCAAGGGGAUUUCAGCCGAAACUGGAAUCUCGCAGAAGUCCAAACCAUCUUCGAGGCUGCUUUUUGCAGGCCGUCCCAACCUGGAAUGGAAGUUUUCCUGAACAGCAUUUCCUUCAAACCUGCAUUACGACUUGAGUCUUUCCCCCUUCGCCCAGGUUAUAGUACUACUUCUGUGUACAUAUAUACAUAGCUAAUCUAAAUUUGUGUAUAUAUUUUGCAUAUAAAUAUCCUGGAUUUAAAUGCCUGUUCUUUCCAGAGACUGCAAGGAUGUUUGUGCAAUCAGUGUUAAUUUGUACUGUAACUGCCCCUUGCCUCCAUUUUAUUUUUUCUUGUUUGUUUGUUUUUCCCAUCUUUUAUUCUCCCAGCCUGCCGUUUUGGUUUCUUCCUCAUUUACAUGGAUUGCGGUGGAUAUUUGCCAUUCUUUUUUUCAUUCUGCCCUUGAAUUCCCAUGUCUUUGGACUGCUGCUGGCGUUUAAUUUUAAUGUACGCCUAGUUGGAGGCUGUGGAGUUUGGGGGUCUUGCAUUUGCCUGGGUCAGCCUUUCGCAGUUUGGUGCCUUUCCAAUGUGGUGGGUGAUCAACUCCCAUCGUCCACGGUUAGCAUACUGUUAGUUGGGGAGAAUGGGAGCUUUAGCCCAAGACCAUGCAGAGAACUCUUCGUUCCCAGAAGGGCCACCAAAGGUCUGAUCUUGUUGCUUGUUGUAAUUUCUAUCGUGGGCUUCCCUGUUUUCCCCCACGAAACUUCACAUUAUAUUUCUGGAAUGAUGUUCAUGUUUGUAAUUUCUCCUGAUUAUCACUUGUUUAUGCAUUGGGCUGUUUUCUCCCUCCCCCUCCCCCUUUUAAGUCCUGCAAAAACAAAAGAAAGGACCCCAUAUUCUAUUUGAGAUCCGUGUCUGUUUGUCUCUCCCUUCUAACUCUUCUUCUGUCUGGGACAUUAGAAACCCCCUGCAAGGCACAGAGCCCUGAAGAAGUUCCCAAAAUGUCGGAGACUGGGAGUAAAAGCAGUUGGCCUCCAGAUCGAAGCUUCACACUGAGGGGAAUUCAGACACCAAACUCAGAGAAGGAAGCACAGCCACCCUGGGGCGUUGGCAUGAUUUAAUCUUCUCCCAUGUAUUUUUUUAAACUGCCCUUGUAUAGAAAACAAGAUGCCAGAGAAAAGGAUUUUGCCUGACAUGCUAAUAAUAUGUGAUAUGGUGAAUUGGGGAGCUGGGGGGGGGGGCAGCGGCGGCAUUCAAAUAAUCCCACCCCCCUGUAGUCUGAAGUGAUAUGGGUCAUCUCGUUGAUGGUGUAGACCAGAUCUACAAGCUAUGGAUUAACCAAGCUCAGGCUGAAUAAAAACACAGAACUUAGGCCUUCAGCAAGGGUGUCCCUUCGAAAACUGACCACUGUUGAAUCGUGCAAGCAGCAUUCAGGUGUGUUCCCAGCAGUUUCUCAAGUCCAGCUUUACAAAGUGAUCUCCAUUAAUUGUCCCUUUUGCCUGUAUAUUUUCACACCAGCCUCUUCUCUCGUUGGAGUGGUGGAGACACUCUUGUCAAAGAUCUCCUUCCUAAAAAUCUUCCAUUCAUUGUUCUGAGUGGGAACUGCUCAUUCACCAUUCCUUUCGUCUUAUGUCAAGGCAGUGUAGGAUCUACAGGAUGCAGUUUGUAGAUAUGUCCAUCUAGGGGUCUCCAUGGGGGGAGUCAAAAAAGUCAAGAGUGUGGCCUCAACCAAAUGAUCAAAGCCACCAUUUUUUGAUCUCCCUCCCUCCCUGGACGCCCUUGGCUCUGUCAUAUCUUCUGACUCAGUUCGGACAAUGGAGCUUCUGCUUCUGUAGGUGACUUGGUUUUGAUUUAGGUUGGUUGGUUGGUUUUUUUUAAGGAUGAAAUGGGGAUCAAACCUGGCAUCCGAGUAUCAAGAUCCUCUGUAACGUACAACUUAGUGGGACUGUGUCUUAAAAAUCACUCCCAUGAGUUUCACCAUCCCACCAUCCAUGGGAAAGGCAAUAAAACGAGUAGCCUGUGGUCGUUAUGGAAGGGGAGAGAAAGAAGAGAAGAUUAAGGCCAUCAUUUUCAUUGGCAACCCCUGGUUUAUCAUUGGCUACAGUUCUUCCUGGUCUUUUGCCCUCCUGUGGAGCCAAGAGGGCAGUGAAUCCAGAUGCCCACAUGGGAUGCUUUGAGGGUAUGAGAAGAGAGCAACAACCUGUUUUCUUGGGGGAAAGAUUAAACGUGGCAGCAAAAUCUCCCAUUAUCUUUUUUUAAUGUAAUGGGAAUGAACCAUGAUUUCUAAACCAUUGCAACUGAUGGAAUCUCUUUGUGUUGUUGCAGGUAAAGGAAACCUUUUAAAAUAGAUUGGCACUUCUCUCUCUCUUUCUCUCUCUCACCCAUACAUGCAGCAAGUUGGUACCAAAUUUUAAUAGGCACAGUGGAGCAAGAAAUGAACACAGAUAAUAGCCAACGUAAACAAAGUUGUAAUUGCUGAAUGAAGCAUCUCAUAUUCCUUAGGUGUGUAAUCUUAAGUUUAAAAGGACAUUUGGCAGCCUGUUUGGGUUUUUUCCCCAGCAUCCUUGGGUGAGAUCUUGUGCACCAUAUACACCCGUGGAGGCUGCUGGUUAUCUGUCCAAAUGGAGUUUCUGAAAAAGCCCCUUUGCUAAAUGAAUGAGAAGAAACAUGUUCAUUGUUCUCCAACAUGCUUAGUACCUUCCAGAUGUUUGGGGCUCACCCUUCAUCCCUCAGUAAUCCCUAGCCAUCAUAGCUUGUGCAGACUAGGAAUUAUGGGCAUCUCACCCAGCUCAUUUCAAGGCGUCGCCCAGCUUGGGGAAAGCUGAUGAUGGCUUGGACCUCCUUUGUUGAAAAUUGCCCUGCCUUCCCUGAAGGGUUACCCAAGAGGACAGAUGAUUCAUUGGGCAAGGCGUUGUCUUCUGCCUGUGGAUUUUGAGACGUGUGGGCUUCAACUCCCAGAAUUCUCAACAACAGCCCUGCUAGCUGGGGAGUUCUGGGAAUUCAGACCUCUGGAGAGCUGGCCCAGUUGGGAAACAUCACUGUCCUUGGGGAUUGCCCAAGCCCACCAAAGUCUGUGGGUAUAGAGUUGUUUCCGGCUAAUAAAAAAGCUAAAAAAAUCUUACAUACUAAACCUUUGGACCUGUGUAUGAAUAAAGAGGGACCAGGACAGAAUGUCUCUUGGUUUAGAAAAAAGGAAGGCAAUAGGAUUUUCUUUUCUUUUCUCCUUUAAAGCAGCAAAAUCUUUUUCUCAGCCCAGGACACCAAGAUACAGAUUAGCAAAGGAUAGAUGUCCUUAGAUUGGACAAAUUCUGCACUUUAAUACCACAGGGAAGGUUAAGCUGGACAGAAUGUAAAUGCCAAAUGCUUUUAUUAAUAGCUUUCUGUGUAGAUGGGUGUGUGGUGUGUGUUUGUCUAGGGUGUAAAUCGUGCCAAAGAAAUGGAUGCUAGAAAAAAUAAGAGAAAUUUUUCCAAACCUUUGCUGUUGAAAGAAGCAAGAAAUUGUGUGGGCGGUCUUCUCUUCCCAGCUCCAUGAACAUGGCCACAGCUGACCCAAACGGGAGACUUUUAAAAGAAAUGGACACCCCAAACUUACAGGUGAUACCCCCUCCCUUGUUUUGAACACCCAGCAAGAGUUGAGGUGGAACAUUUUCUGGAAGGAACUAAAAGCUAAGGAUGGGAGACUUUUUCCCCCAAGCAUUCCCCUCUGUGCCAAAGUGGAAGUCCUUUAAUUUCCCACAGUGCUCUGGAAUGAUGCUAGGGUAGGGCAUUGUGGGGAUUUAUAUGUGGUGGCUUCCAAAUCCAGCCCCAUUGGGCUUACGUUCUUGCCCCCAGGUCACUGGUCUGGUCAUAUCUCCAUGAAGUUCAUGCUGUUGAGUGUCCUUCACCUCCCGGUUCAAUCUUCCCAGCUACAACGUUUGGACAUCAAUGGUCAUGCUGAUCAAGAAGUGCCUUGGGGUCUUUGCUUUGUUCCCAAGAAGAGCUGGAUUUAUGAACAGAUUGAGAGCAUUCUCAAGUCCCCCGUGCAAACUGGAAACCCUAUAAUGUAUUCAUUAUUUUGCCAGACAAAAGACUAGAUUUCUACUCAUAGUGCUCUGGUCUUCUCUUAAUAGGAGGCUGUUGCAAAGAGAUUCCCCCUACUGUGUGCGUGGCUAUAGGCCAGUGUUUUUCAGC